AUGGCUUCAGAUCCCAUCUCCCCGCCAUCGGCAUUGCUUCUACUACCGCCUCCUCCGUCCAUCUCUUUCGAUCAAUUCACGGCCGUCUACGAGCCCAUAUUGUCUAAAGUAUUUUCCAAUCUCCUCAAUGCACUCAAUGGUUUAAAUCGCACCGCUUCUCUGGAAAUCGCCCUUGCAUUGCCUGGCCUCCAAUCGCCGUCAUGCCAACCACCAACGAGAGCAUUUUCGAGCCUUCAGCGCAUAGUGGAGCAUGCCUACAGGCUUAUUGGGAUGGUAUGCAUAGAACGCAAUAUCGAAAUGGAGGCCCCCGGUGGCAUCGACUCGCGCGUGAUUUUGCUUGAUUUCGACUCUGUUCGAAACGCAUCGACUCUAUCCACAAACCUGCAAUGCAACGGUCCAAUAGUCGACGUGAAGACAUUGGCCACAUCGGGGCGCCUAUGGGAAAAUAUCUUCUAUCCCAAUACUCCGGUAGGUCAGGAUCUGGCAACCGCAUUCAGUAGUUUCUACACUCCAGCCAAGACUCCUAAUGGUGGAACGCUGCAAUCGAUCGCAGGAACACCUCAAUGGACACCCAGUGAAUCAUUGGUAGUACCCGAAGAGACAAUCGAGGGUGCAUUGCACCACUCAGUCAUAUUAGGAGGCACCUUUGAUCACUUCCAUAUCGGACACAAACUCCUCCUCACGGCAACUGCGCUGGUCUUACAACCUGCAGGUACGGAACGCCCCGGGCAGGAAAGGGUAAUAACGGUCGGGGUGACCGGGGAUGAGAUGCUGAAGAACAAAAAGUAUGCUCAAUUCCUAGAGAAUUGGGAUGAGCGGUGUCGGAGUACGGGGGCCUUCUUGACCUCGAUCAUGGACUUUGGUCCUCCCGAAACGAACCCACCACACAUCGAACAAAUCUAUAAACCGGGUCCGAAUGGAAGAGCCAUGAUAACGAGGAUUCGACCCGGGAUAACUUUGAAGAUGGCGCAAAUACUGGACCCAUAUGGACCGACCAUUACAGAAGAGGAUCUAACUGCCUUGGUUGUCUCCAAAGAGACACGCUCAGGCGGCGCGGCCGUCAAUGAGGAGCGAGCCAAACGCGGGUGGAAGCAGCUAGAGGUGUUCGAAGUUGAUGUGAUUCAUUCCGGGGAGAUUCCGGCAGAAGGCGUUGAGGAUUUUGCAUCCAAGAUAAGCAGCACGGACAUCAGACGAAGGCGAAUGGAGCUAGCGAUGAUAUAA